GGUCUAUCAACAUUGCAAGUCUGGGCGCAGCGAAAAUUGUAAACAGUUUAAACAAUGGCAUCAAACGGUACGUACGUGUUUUUGGACUUAGGGACAGUAAAUGAUCCCAAAGACAAAAAUGUCAAAUAUAUAACGGAAUUGAGCAUGGCGGCGGUCAGAAGAGACAACCUCAUAGACUCCGGACAAUUUUACGAGUUUUCGGACGAAGACUGCGAUCUUAUUGGGCAUCAAAAUACACCUCCUGUUCCAAGAGUCCAACUCAAACUUACGCUCUGCUUCAACCCAGGCCUAGAAGAGCUGCUGAAUGGAGGCUUCAAAAUCGCCGAAUUGAAACCAGAAAAAUAUUUUGAUGACUGUUUCGAUGUAAUAGACAACUUUCUUGGCAUUUUAACUGAGCCAGUAUAUUUGGUCGCACACAAUGGGUUCAACUUUGAUUUCCCGAUAUUAAAAAGACAUCUAAAGGGCAAGACAUUUUCAAAAGAUGUUAUGUGUGCGGAUACCUAUUAUGGUUUUUAUGACAUAUUAGAAAAACAAUCUGUAGAUAUUGAAGUGGCUAUAGAAAAUACCACAGUCCAACUUGCUAAUUCCAAUUUAGAUGAUUCACCAGAAGGAAGUAAGAAACGCUUGGAUGACCUAAGACAGGCAAAUGCUGAUAGAGUAAAGAAAAAUAACGGAUACCCUUGGGCUAAAAAGGAAAAUAGACCUGCAAAAAGCUACAAAUUGACGAACAUUUACGAAAGAGUACUGAAAUGUAAGCCAGAAGACGCACAUAAAGGCGAUAUAGACUGUCAACUGAUGAUACGAAUUGCUGUAAAAUUGGCUAAGGAGUUUGUAGAGUGGGUGGAGAAAAAUCAUUCGUCAUUUGCGGAACACGUAGAACCGACUUCGGAGGAAAAAGAAAUCUUGGAAAAGGAUAAGGCGACUGCAGAGGUUGGAAAUUCAGGAAGCCACAAGUCCUAGGUGCAUAUUUUGUUCCCUUUUUGUCUGUGACUGAUUAUAAAUAGCUUACUUAUAAUUAUACAAAUCAAUUCAAUAUAUUUUUAUUAAGUACUGUUA